UUGCUUCUGUGUCUAUUUCUGUGGGUUGGCUUUGUUUUGUUUUUGUUUAUUUAUCUCGUUCUCUCAACAAUCUCGAGAUUGGCGUCUAUGAUAAAGACAGCAUAGGACCCCUUGUAUUUCAAGCUCUUCUCCUGCUUCGUGCUUUGCGAGAGAAAAAAAAGGGAAAAAAACCCAUUAUCUGAUGAAGGAGAGAGGAGGCUCUCCUGGAGGAGAGAGCCUGCCUGUGAUUGUGAACUCCAUCACCCAUCAUAACCAACAGCAACACCACCGCAACCGACGUCAACCAAGUAGGAGAUCAAAAACCAAAGACAAACCAACAAACUUUGUUCCAAGAAAGCCAGUAACGAGCUAGUGCUACACCCCCAUUUACAUUUUCUGUCAAAAAAAAGUAUAAUACUAAGAGAAACAUCAAAGACUCAGUCUGGGUGUGUCUUGUUAUUGGUUUUCUCAUCUUAUUUAUCGUUUUUGGGUGUGUUUUAAUGUGAAAAAAUGGCACUUUCCAUGCACAAAGAGUCACUGAAUAACAAACAGAUGGAUAGCAGCAAGUAUGUGAGGUAUACACCAGAGCAAGUGGAGGCUCUGGAAAGAGUUUACACUGAAUGCCCAAAGCCAAGCUCUUUGAGACGGCAGCAACUCAUUCGGGAGUGUCCUAUUCUCUCCAAUAUUGAACCUAAACAGAUCAAAGUCUGGUUCCAGAACCGCAGAUGUCGAGAAAAGCAGAGGAAGGAAGCAUCCCGCCUUCAGACAGUGAAUAGAAAGCUGACUGCCAUGAAUAAGCUUUUGAUGGAAGAGAAUGACCGAUUGCAGAAGCAGGUCUCCCAUCUGGUCUAUGAGAAUGGAUACAUGAAGCAGCAACUGCAGACCGCUUCUGCAACGACCACAGACAAUAAUAGCUGUGAGUCUGUGGUCAUGAGUGGUCAGCAUCAACAACAGCAAAACCCAACACCUCAGCACCCCCAAAGGGAUGCUAACAACCCAGCUGGUCUGCUCGCUAUUGCUGAGGAGACCUUGGCAGAGUUCCUUUCCAAAGCUACUGGAACUGCUGUCGACUGGGUCCAGAUGAUUGGGAUGAAGCCUGGUCCGGAUUCCAUUGGUAUUGUUGCUGUUUCCCGCAACUGUAGUGGGGUAGCGGCACGAGCCUGUGGUCUUGUGAGUCUUGAGCCCACUAAGGUUGCAGAAAUCCUCAAAGAUCGUCCAUCUUGGUUUCGUGACUGUCGAUGCCUUGAUGUAUUGGGUGUAAUUCCUACGGGAAAUGGUGGAACAAUUGAGCUCAUCUAUAUGCAGACUUAUGCACCUACAACAUUGGCUGCAGCACGGGACUUUUGGACUCUGAGAUAUACUACAAGCUUAGAAGAUGGCAGUCUUGUGAUAUGCGAGAGGUCGUUAACAUCUACUACUGGUGGCCCUACAGGGCCUCCUACUUCAAAUUUUGUUAGAGCUGAAAUGCUUCCUAGUGGCUUUCUCAUCAGACCUUGUGAGGGUGGUGGCUCCAUUAUUCACAUUGUUGAUCAUGUUGAUUUAGAUGUUUGGAGUGUUCCUGAAGUUCUCAGACCACUUUAUGAGUCAUCCAAAAUUCUUGCUCAGAAAAUGACGAUUGCUGCCUUGCGGCAAAUACGGCAAAUUGCACAAGAGACAAGUGGAGAAAUUCAAUAUGGUGGUGGUCGUCAACCUGCUGUUUUAAGGACUUUCAGUCAGAGACUUUGCAGGGGCUUUAAUGAUGCUGUCAAUGGGUUUGCGGAUGAUGGUUGGUCACUUAUGGGUAGUGAUGGUGUUGAAGAUGUGACCAUUAUGAUAAAUUCUUCAGGAGGCAAAUUUCUUGGGUCUCAAUACAACACCUCAAUGUUCCCGUCUUUUGGGGGAGGUGUACUAUGUGCCAAAGCAUCGAUGCUGCUUCAGAACGUCCCUCCUGCAUUGCUUGUUCGCUUUUUGAGGGAGCAUCGUUCGGAAUGGGCUGAUCACGGAGUUGAUACCUACUCUGUGGCUUGUCUUAAAGCUAGCCCUUAUGCGGUUCCUUGUGCAAGACCCGGUGGCUUCCCUAGUAGCCAGGUCAUUCUGCCUCUUGCCCAUACGGUGGAACAUGAAGAGUUCUUGGAAGUUGUUCGUCUAGAAGGCCAUGCAUUCACACCAGAAGAUGUAGCUCUGGCAAGGGACAUGUACUUAUUACAGCUAUGCAGUGGGAUUGAUGAAAAUGCAGUUGGUGCCUGUGCACAGCUUGUCUUUGCACCUAUUGAUGAAUCCUUUGCUGAUGAUGCUCCAUUGCUGCCAUCUGGAUUUCGAGUCAUACCCCUGGAUCCCAAGACAGUUAUGGAUGGGCCUGGAGCAACUCGGACAUUAGAUUUGGCUUCUACACUUGAAGUGGGUCCUGCUAGCAACCGCCCAGCUGGUGAUGGUGAGCCAAACAAUUAUAACCUCAGAUCUGUCUUGACUAUUGCAUUCCAAUUCACUUUUGAGAACCACAUGAGGGACAAUGUGGCUGCUAUGGCUCGCCAAUAUGUGCGUAGUGUUGUGGGAUCUGUUCAAAGGGUUGCCAUGGCUAUUGCCCCAUCAUGUCUUAGCUCCGAUAUGGGAUCAAAACCCCUGCCUGGUUCUCCUGAGGCUCUUACUUUGGCACGUUGGAUUUGUCGAAGCUACAGAAUUCAUACUGGAGGAGAACUCCUUCGAGUUGAUUCACAAGCUGAUGAUGCGUUACUGAAGCAACUGUGGCACCAUUCGGAUGCAAUAAUGUGCUGUUCAUUGAAAACAAAUGCAUCUCCAGUUUUCACCUUUGCGAACCAGGCUGGCCUUGAUAUGCUUGAAACUACUCUAGUGGCUCUUCAAGAUAUAAUGCUGGACAGGAUUCUUGAUGAAGCUGGCCGAAAGAUUCUCUGCACUGAGUUCUCAAAGAUCAUGCAACAGGGGUUUGCGUAUCUUCCAGCCGGGAUGUGUGUAUCUGGUAUGGGCAGGCCGGUGUCGUAUGAGCAGGCCAUUGCAUGGAAGGUUCUAAAUGAUGACAAGGCGAAACACUGUCUCGCCUUGAUGUUCAUAAAUUGGUCCUUCGUGUGAUCUAGUAGAUGUAUGGAAGAAAGAACUUUUAGGUAUCUAUCUUAUAAGUCACAUAUCUGGUUUUAGUACUUAAAAAGAAGAUGAUACGAUAUCAUGAAUGAAGUUAUUGGCAGGAUUUCAUGAAUGCUUGCAUCUUUAUAUGAAUGGUUGGAUGUUCGAUGACGUGAUUCAUCUUAUCUUUGUCCAUCUGAUGUCCUUGUGAGUUGGUUUGUAUCUCAAUUCUCAAUCAAAUUGGAUAUUGUUGGGAGUGAGAUAAACAGCAUCGGGACCUGCUUGCUAGUUUUGUUGGCCUGGUUUGGUUUGGUUUAGUUUAUUGGCACUGCCAAGUUUGCUUGUGUAUCUGUUGGAAUAUUUCAUUUCCCCAAUACGACAUGUUUCAAUGUCAUUACGCUCUUUCUAUGUUCUAUAAUACAGCCAAUUCCCAUUCCAAGUUAUAAAAGCAUUUUGACUUAGACAACUAGAUUGUCGCAUGAGCCUGGUGAUUGGGAAUAAGCAAAAAUGAAAAGGGAUUUCUGGUCUCCAAGAGUGGUUUGUCGUUUGUUAUAAAUGAGUCAUUCAUACCAGAAGGUUCUUAAAUUUUGUGAUAGGCUUUUUCAGGCUACUGUCCAUUGUCAAAGAAGGAAGGUGAAAAAGUAAUGGCAAAACAAGCAGCUGGAGGGCAUUUAUAUGAAUGGCAAUGGCAAAGCAAAUAGCAUCUUGGCUGGCCAUAUCAUAGCAUAGCAGAGCAGGGCAGGCAAAUAUCUUGUCUACUAAAUGAAGAAAAGAUAUAUCUUGUCAUUCAUGUCUGUCU